AUGACGUUUUUUGUUUUAACAACGACGGUUAUUCACCGUCGUGUAGUGCAAUCAAUCAACCAUAUCGGGGAAGAAGUGUUGCACAUUAUUGAAGAUAUUAAUUACAUAUGGGGCUCGAAAAAUGGGGGAAGUGUUGGUGAGAAUGAUUGUGACAGAGUUUGUUGGAAGAAGAAAUCAAAAUUUUUUGAUCUCGAGUAUUGGAAAUACCUUCAUGUGAGGCAUGUCCUAGAUGUUAUGCAUAUUGAAAAGCAUGUUUGCAAUAAUAUCAUUGGUACAUUGCUGGAGAUCCCAGGAAAAAAUAAAGAUGGGAUUGCUGCUCGAUUAGAUUUAUUGAACAUGGGGGUCAAAACUGAUUUGCAACCCAAGUAUGGACAAAGACGUACUCGCUUGCCUCCAGGGCCUUGGAAUUUGUCAAGAGCAAAGAAAAGAGUGGUUUGCAAUUAUUUUUGUGGUAUGAAGGUCCCUGAAAGUUAUUGUUCAAAUAUAAAAAAUCUUGUAUCUUUAAAAGAUUCAAGACUUCUUGGACUUAAAUCUCAUGAUUGUCAUACCUUGAUGCAACAAUUGCUCCCUGUGGCAAUUCGUUCUGUUUUGGAGAAGCCUGCAAAGUAUGCAAUAACUCGAUUGUGCUUCUUCUUCAAUGCUAUAUGUGCAAAGACGGUGGAUGUUUCCAAGCUAGAUAAGUUGGAAGAAGAUGUAGUAGUUACUUUGUGUUUGCUUGAGAAGUACUUUCCCCCUUCAUUCUUUAAUAUCAUGGUAUAUGAAAGUGCUAAAAGGGUAUGUUCAGAACGUACUUUUCCGGAAGGUUGCAUUGCUGAGCGGUAUAUAGCUGAAGAAGCUGUAGAGUUUUACACCGAGCAUUUAUCUGAAGUUAAUACAGUUGGAGUGCCUUCAAGCCAGAAGAUGGGUGUUUCGAAGCCAUUAUCAAGUUGCACAGUAAGCUUUGUUGAUCGGGACUUGUUAAACCAGGCACAUUAUAUGUCUUGGAGAAUACGGAGAAAGUCUUGCCUUAUAUCGAGUACGGAACAUAUGAUCCACAUCAAGACCACUUAUCCAAAAUUUAGAAAGAGAAUAAAGUGGCUGCAAGAUAAGCACAAUAGCACUUUCAUUCAAUGGCUCCACUUUAAGGUUCAAAGUGAACUUAAUGGGGAAAAGCAUAAUGGCGUAUCAGAAAAUUUGAGGUGGCUAGCAGCUGGUCCAAGCAUGGCAGUGCCAUCAUAUAGGAGCUAUCUUAUUAAUGGUGUUAAAUUUAACACCAAGGCACAAGAUGAUGUGCGAACUGUCCAAAAUAGUGGAGUUUAUUUACUUGCACAUAUUAUGCAAGUUGGUAGUGCCAAGGAUAAAAACCCUAUUGUCUCCAAUAUGGGUUUUUAUGGUGUUAUUCAAGAAAUUUGGGACCUUGACUAUCAAAAGUUUAGAAUCUCAGUCUUGAGGUGUGAUUGGAUAGAUAACACUUCGGGCCUUGUAGUCGACGAACUUGGAUUUACCCUUGUAGAUUUGAGUAAAAUUGGACAUAGGAAUGACCAAUUUGUUAUGGCUUCUCAAGUCAAACAAUUAUUUUAUGUUGACGACCCAAUGCAUCGUGGUUGGUCGGUAGUGUUAUCAAUGCCUAAUAGAGAAUAUAAUGAUGUUAUUGGUGAUGAUGUGCUAGGUGAUACUACAAUUGAGUGUGAACCAUUUACUAGAGGGAUACCAAAUGUUGACACAUUUGAUGACCUAGUGGGUGAGUUUGGGAAUGAAAAUAUUAGAGAUGGGUGUGAAGAUAUAUGGAUUGAUUGA